UUCUGUCAUGCGUGCGUUUCACAUCUCGGAUGAUCGCCUGCUCUAAGUGAAUAUAGUGCUGUGUGUGAGCCUUAUCUACCGGAAAAUGAAUCUAUAAUUGAGAAAAAUCGUGUCGCGAACGACAAUCUCACUACGGAACCAUAUAACUCGCUAACGCGUGUAUUAGAACCGCAAGAAUUCGUCGUCCGCAUACCCGUUUCGCAGUCAAUUACGAGCCGUGUCAGACAGGCGGAUCUCUGCAAAUCCUUGAGUGGUGCCGCGCCAAUUAAAUUCGCGAAAGUGAAAAGAAAAUAUGGACGAACCGAUCAUAAAUCGACUCCCUGAUCAUAUACUUGAAAGCAUCUUUUCGUACCUGGACCUCCGCGAUUUGCGUAACUGCUCGCUGGUGUCGAAAAGAUGGUAUUGGUUUUUGAACGAUGAAAACAAUGAUGUUUGGCGGAUGCACUGCGUGCGGAAACUGGCCGAGGAAGCGCUCAAGUCGGACCUCCUGUCUUCGGUGCCCACAUACAAGGCGAAGUUGAGGGCAUUCUACCAUGCCUGGAACCCGAACGAUUGCUCGAGGAAUGUCUACAUAAAACCAAAUGGAUUCACUCUGCACAGAAACCCAGUCGCCCAAAGUACAGACGGUACCCGUGGCAAAAUUGGAUUCCGGCAAGGACGACAUUCAUGGGAGGUGAUAUGGGAAGGACCAUUAGGAACAGUGGCUGUGAUUGGAAUUUCAACAAAAGAAGCCGCACUACAGUGUCACGGUUACGUGGCGCUACUUGGCUCCGACGAUCAAAGUUGGGGCUGGAAUCUAGUCGAUAAUCAUUUAUUACAUAAUGGGGACGCGCAAGGAAAUUAUCCACUGUUAAAUAAUGCCCCGAAAUAUCAAGUAGGCGAAAGAAUUAGAGUUAUUUUAGAUUGCGAUGACAAUACGUUGUCAUUUGAGAAAAAUUACGAGUUUCUAGGAGUGGCGUUUCGAGGUUUACCUGACAAGAAGCUUUAUCCAACUGUAUCAGCGGUUUAUGGCAAUACAGAAGUGUCAAUGGUUUACUUAGGUCCACCUUUGGACGGCUAAUUGUUUUCAUUUAGUCGAGUUUACUCGAGAAAUUCGACUAUCAUCACUCUAUUCACUCAUUCACCAAAGCGAUAGGAAAACAUAUAACAAAAAAGGCAACUAUUUUAUCGAUAAUAUUGAAGAGUAAAAAAAGUAUUAGUUUGUCAGUCUCAAAAACUCUUUCACAUUUCUUCGUUAAAAGUGAAAAUGACUCGCUACAUUAUUAGGUUAUAGACGUCACAUUUAUAUAUAUAUACUGACACAGAAGACACUUAGGAUUAUUAUUUAUUAAACUUAAAUAAAAAACCAAAAACUGAUAGGAAAAACUUGUAUAAGCGUAAGUUUAAAAUGAUAUAAUGUGGUUAAAUUCUACUCAAAGAAAGACAUAGGUGAGAAUUACCCUCCAUAUAUAAUUCGAUUGAUUCGAUUUAAGAAUUUGAAUAUAAAGACGAUUUUUGAUAUAAAAUCAAAGCGAAAAACCCAAAAAAUUAUAAUAAACUUUGAUAAUUAUAGAAAAGAAAACAUACAAAAAAGCUAUUAUUGCGACAAGUGCGAAAAAUCAUUUUUCUAAAAAUUUAAGUCGUUAGAAUUAAGAAGUUGAUCAUUCGUCGCCAUCCCUUCUUCUCUUCAUAAAAUUUCGUCAAUAGGUAAGUUGAUUUUACAUUUGUUUUCUACCCACGAAAUUGUCAGCAAUAAUCAUGUUCUAUAAUUUUUGUUGUAGUAUAAUUUAAUGCGCUUCUAAUGCUCCCACUAAAUCACUUCCAGUAAAGUAUAUCGUAUCGGAUUGACCCGGCAAUUAUUGCAAUGCGAGAGGAAAGAAAGCAUUUAUGUAAUCCAAGCUAGAACUUAUAUUUCUCGUUUUGUACGAGUAAAGGCUAAGCAGGAAAAAUCCGAUCAUUUGGUUUAUUAGCUUUGCUAACAAUAACUUUUCAUGGAUAGUUUUAAAUUUUCUAGUAUAAAGAGUGUGGUUCGUCUUGGAUGUUGUCCUUCUGAAUCCACCACCACUACCAAUAUCCUUCAAUCGCGUCAUCUAAUUCCUGAAACCGAUGAGAUGUGUUAUCUUUAUCUAUUAAUUCGACUAGCGCUUUUCCCACUAAUCUUUGUCCUGCGGGUGCUUCCUUCCUAUCUAAAAAGGCAUUCGAACGUUGUCCAUGUGUUGGACGUGGCCAGCCCAUUGUAACUUUUGCCCCUUAAUGAUUCUAGGAACGUCUGGUUCCAUACACAUUUUGUACAUCAUCUGCAUCUGAUUUGGAAUGGAUCUCCAUCGCGCUCCCGCCCAAUAAUGAUUCUCAAAACUCUCCUUUAAAAUGCAUUCAGCAUGUUAUCAGAUGUUUGCAUGAUGGUCUUCGCACUCCUGUGUAUGCAGUUGUCCUUUAAAGUUGUCAGUACGGAAUAGAACGCUUUAUUUGCAAAAUAAGUCCACCCUCUAAUCUGGUCGGAUUUCUGGUACCCUCACGUGCGCCUAAUUAAAUAAAGCUGUCUACAUUUUCUAUAGUAUAUUCGUCGAUUGUGUUGUCUUGUCUCACGUGCGUCAUUUUUCUGACUUACCGGAAGCUUCAAGACGACGUGCUCUAACGCCAGAUUGAUUAAAAGUGCGACCAGUUCAUCUAUAUGGUUGCCAUUUACCCUUUUUUUGCGAGUAGGGUAGGUGAAUGCGUUUACGCACAGAGUAUUGGACUCUCGUAACAGCAUAUUGUCGGACCAGCAACUAAACACCUCCCUGUCAUCAGAGAAAUAGUAUGGAACCGUUUGACACAUUACUUCGGGCUAGCCCUCCUGCUCUCCCGGCUUUGGGAGCUUUCAAGUCAGGCAAUCCCUUUCACCAACGGGAGGGGAGGUGAGGAAGGUAGUUGGUAGUUCAGGUAACCUCUUGCCAUCCGGCCCCUCUGCCGCU